GAAACACCGCCGCGGUUUCCACCUCUCUUCAAAGCCCCAUUUCUUUAUAUAUUGCCCCCCUUACCCCCAUCUUCCAUUUCUUCUCUUCAAACUCUCCCAAAACUUCCAUACCCAUCAUCAGAAUCUGCAGAUGGAGUCUCCCACUCAACAAGCAGCCAGGAGAAAGCAUUGUUUCAUGGAGGAAGAUGAUGGGCUGGCCUCCAUAGUCCCAGAUCUAGAGUCUGGGUGCUCUGAAACUCAGACUAGUCAUAUGAAUGUUAAGAUCAGUAAUGGUAGUCUGAUCUCUAGGCCUCUCUAUUUGCAGAGAAGGAGCAGUUUCAGAAACCUCUCAUCUUACUUUGUCCCUUCACCUAGAUAUGGUGGUGGUGCUGGAACUGGUGGGAGAUUCUUCAUGACUGAGGCCAGAUUUGAAGGGGUUCAUCAGCCACAUUUCCUGGACUCUUGUUUUCUCUGCAGAAAGCCCCUCGGGAACAGAGAUAUCUUCAUGUACAGAGGGGACAUACCAUUCUGCAGUGAAGAGUGUAGACAAGAACAGAUAGAUAUGGAUGAAGCAAAGGAGAAAAGUUUGAACCUUUCAGCAUCCAUGAAGGCCUUAAGGAACAAGGACCAGAAAAAAUCUUCUUCUCCUACCAAAUCCUCUCCCCAGGGCUACAAUUUAGGCACAGUAGCUGCUGCUUACGCAUGAGUAUAGGAAAGUAAUUAAUUCCCUUGCAGGAAGGAAGAAGCUACUAGACUAAUGAGGAAGUUUCUUUUUUUUACAGUAGUAUUUUUUAUAUGCUGGAAACUUUUCCCAGAUCAGUAAAAUAUUGUAAAAUAUACAUGCUGGGAUGAGGAGGGCUAUUUUGGCUGUGAAGAAAAGUGUGAUGGCCCUCUUCAAUGGUGGUCUGCCAAAGUAUUUUUUCUUCUUUGGUUCCCUAUGUAGGUUUCUAUGAUGCAUAUGUGAAGCAAUUAUAUAUAAUAGAACUUCCACUUUGUUUAUCUCAGAGCACAAGUUUUAUUACUGUGAUUUUUGAUUCAUGAUUACGAAUGUUUAAUUUGUUGAAGUUUUGUUACUG